CGGACCCAGCCUCGUCCUUGCCUUUGCGCUGAAACCGAGAGCGCUGUGAGGGGAGACCCGUGAGGGCCGGGCUGCACGGACGGACGCGCACGCACGGAGGGAGGCGGGCUCCCAUCGCUGCUGCUUCGCCCCACAGCCCAGCCCCCAGGGUGCGCCGGCGGACUUCGGCACCGCGAUUGCCCAGCGGCCGCUCCCCCGGGGCAGCGGCGCCGCCUCCUAGCUCCAGCCGGUCCCUGGCGGGGGCGGGAAGCUCCGCUCCCAGCCUCCCCCUAGCGCCGCCCAGCGGUCACGGUGUGCGCCUUAUUCCCCUGCCCGCACAGGUGCAGCGAGGUUUGCGCUCUCCCCAGCCCGGGGCGCAGCCGGGCUCUUGCCGGAGCAGGUGCGGGGGGCCGGCGGGGGCGCCGCGGAGGAGCCCCGCUGCCCGGGAAGAUGCGGCUGGGCUGGAGCAACCUUGCGAAGUUAUCAGGACUUAUGUUAGCAUCAAUGUGUGCUUGGUAUUUGGGAUACCUGUUCGCAGAUAUCAUACCUGAAGAUUCGAUGUCAUCAGCUAUUGAAAGUAUUCAGCGCAUUGGAGAGAAACCAGUACUUAAGGCCCCACCCCCCAAAAGACAGAAAUGUGACCAUUGGUCUCCGUGCUCACCUGGAAGCUAUGCUUAUCGAUUACUCAGUGGUGGUGGCAAGGAAAAGUUGGCCAAGAUUUGUUUUGAAGAUGAGCUGCUCAUAAGUGAACAGAAGGGUAAUGUUGGAAGAGGUAUAAACAUUGCCAUUGUGAAUUAUAAAACAGGAAAAGUUAUAUCUACAGAGUUUUUUGACAUGUGGGAAGGAGACUUCUCAGGACCCAUGACUACCUUCAUUAAAAAUGCACCUCAAGGGUCACUUCUCUUGAUGGUGACCCAUGAUGACGGAAGCAGUAGAUUAAAGGAUGGUGCAAAAAAAGCAAUAGCAGAGCUUGGCAGUAAAGAAAUAUGGAACAUGAAGUUCAGGUCAAGCUGGGCCUUUAUUGCUGCCAAAGGUUUCAACCUACCAGAUAACAUUCAAAAAGAAAAGAUCAACCAUUCUGAGAAUAGCAAGAACAGAUAUAACGGCUGGCCAGCUGAAAUCCAGAUAGAAGGUUGUAUCCCAGUAAACCUGAUCUGAUCUUACAUUUUGCUAAUAAAGUCAUAUAAAUUAUUUUUA